AUGCUUGUUAGUUUCUUUGAUAUUUUAUAAUUGACAAAUUAUUUGCUUUACUUAAAUGUGUAAUAUCAAAGUAUUCUUUAUAAUAUAAUUAAACUAUUUGAUUUUGCAAAUUUUGAAUUUAUUCCAAACAUAUCAAAUAACAAUUCAAACUCUCCUUUUAAGUUUAGAAUGGAAAAAAUUGAUACAUUCAUAUAUUCAAAUUUGAUUUAAUCAGUAGUAAUAUGGGUAUUCUCUUUUUUAGUUUAUAUUAUAAGCAAAUUAAUUGUAAGAAAAUUUAUUCACUCUAAAAAUUUCUUAAUAGAAGCUUUAAGAAGUUACUAAACUGAGUAUUUCUUUUAAGUUAUAGUUGGGUUAGGUUUUUUGACUUACUGCGAUUUGUUACUCUCAGUAUUUCUAUAAUUUUACGAUUCUGCAAAUAUGACAACUUCAUAAUUAGUUGGCGUCAUAUCAGCUAUAAUUCUUUUACUUGGAAUUAUUAGAUUAAAUAUUUUGACUCUUUAAUCUACUAGAAUAUAAACAUACUAGUUAAUAUAUAAUGACAAAAUAAAAUCAUUAUAUGGAUAUCUUUAUAGCGGCAUAGAGAUGAAUUAAAAGAAAGCAAUUAUGAAUCUCCUCUUUUUAUUUAGAAAAACAAUUGUUAUUCAACAGCUUGUUUUUAAUUAAUCUAAUCCAAUAAAUUAAGCAUACAUAUGCUGUCUAUGUGUAGGCAUAGAAUUUACUGUGAUGUUAAUCUUAAGACCAUAUAAGAGCUAAUAUGAGCAAAGAUUACAUUUGGCUAGUAGAUUUUUGAUGAUAUCAUCAAUGAUUUUGAUUAUUGUAUUGGCAAUAAAUGACUCUAUUUCAAAUAUAAGCAGUUCUAUUUAAAAUUUAAUCUCUAUUUUUGUAGCAGUGUAAUUAUUAGUAAUAUAUUUUACACAAGUAUGCUACUUAGUAUUUUAGCUAUACCAAACUUUAAGAAGAAGGUAUGUUCUAAAUGAUUCUAAAUUAGUAUGA